AUGGUAGGGGUCCCGAGUUCGGAUCUUGAAUACGUAGAUUCAAGUCGCAACAAUUCACUUGAUUGGGUGUAUAAUGAGGUUAAGCCGUCUGAUGGCGCCAUUGGUGUACAGCGCGUUGACCAACAUCCACGAUACGAAGUGGUUGUGUUUUAUGGCGUCGGGAAUCCAAUCAAAGUUUCAACUUUGAUUGACUGGACCUUGAUUGGAGCCGAUUUUCCUCCAUCACAAGGCGCAUUUAGGGAUGACGUUAGGGUUUACAUUGACCCGAUCAUUGCAUUCCUAGCUGUGAACAAUGUGCCAUUAAAUCUUUCUGAAGAGGAAACAAGGACAAUAAGUGGGUAUGGUGUGGGUAUAGGAGGUGGUGGUGGCGGCAGCAUUGGUGGUGGUUAUGGAGGUGGAAUUGGGGGUGGCAACGGAUUUGGUGGUGGUGGUGGUGUAGUAGGAGGAGGGGGAGGAGGAGGAGGAGGCAUUGGUAAAGGUGGUGGUGGACAUGGUGGUGGUUCGGGAGGUGGUGGUUAUGGUGGGGGUGGACAUGGUGGUGGUUCAGGAGGUGGUGGUUAUGGUGGUGGUUCAGGAGGAGGAAUUGGUAAAGGCGGUGGUAGUGGUGGAAUAGGAGGUGGUUCUGGGGGUGGUGGUGGUGAAGUUGGUGGAGGAAUCGGUAAAGGUGGUGGUGGUGGUAGUGGUGGUGGUGGUGGAAUAGGAGGUGGUUCUGGAGGUGGAAUCAAUAAGGGUGGUGGUGGACAUGGCGGUGGUUCGGGAGGAAGAAUUGGUAAAGGCGAUGGCAGUGGUGGUGGAAUAGGAGGUGGUGUUGGAGGUGGAAUUGGUGGUGGUGGUGAAGUAGGUGGAGGAAACGGUAAAGGUGGUGGUGGUGGAAUCGGUAAGGGUGGUGGUGGUGGACAUUAUGGUGGUUCGGGGAAAGGAUUUGGUAAAGGUGGUGGCGGUGGUGGUGGUGGAAUAGGAGGUGGUUCUGGAGGUGGCAUCAGUAAGGGUGGUGGUGGUGGACAUGGUGGUGGUUCAAUGGGAGGAACUGGCAAAGGAGGUGGUGGUGGUGGAAUAGGAGGUGGUUAUGGAGGUGGCGGCGGUGGCGGAAUUAGUGGUGGUGGUGGAAAAGGAGGAGGAAUCGGUAAAGGUGGUGGUGGAAAAGGAGGUGAUUAUGGAGGUGGAAUUGGUAAGGGUGGUAGUGGUGGUAGACAUGGUGGUGAUUCAGGGGGAGCAAAUGGUAAAGGUUGUGGUAGUGUUGGUGGUGGAAUAGGAGGAGGUGGUUCUGGUGGUGGCAUCGGAGGUGGUGGUGGUGGAGGCUUUGGAGGUGAAAUUGGUGGUGGCGUUGGAGGUGGUGGUGGAGGCUUUGGAGGCGGAGGUGGAGGUGGUGGUAGUGGAGUAAUAGGUGGUCAUGGCGCGGGAGCCCAUGGUGAGUUUGUAAAAGGGGGUGGCAACUAA